ACAACCAUCCAAAUCUUAUUUAGCAUCUUUGACAACAUGGCUUCAAAGUACAUGACGGCAAUGAUGGCUCUCUACCUUACCUUCAACCUCGUCUUGUUGGGAUUCACUUCAGCCCAACCCACUUCCGCACCUGUGUGUCCCCUUAACCCCACCGACGCCGGGAUUUGUCAAAACGUACUUGGUCUCAUCCCCCUCAACACCCGAAAUGUGGCUCCAUGUUGUACUGUCUUAGCUAGGCUUGAUACUCCUCUUGCUGCUGUAUGUGCAUGCCAAGCCGUAAGACUCAAUGUUAAUGUUCUCGGCAUCAAUCUCAACGUCAACCUCACUUUGAGAGUUACUGAGAUCCUCGGUCUCUGUGGUUUGCCAGUACAAACUGGUUUCCUCUGCCUUUAAUAAGUAAACAACAUGCAGAACUAAUCUUAUAUAUACUUUGUAUUAAGGUCACUAAAAUAAGCAGACACGUUCCGUAAUAUAUCGGUUCAUGGUGCAACUAUAUAUGUGUAAUGUGUUAUUAAUAAAAAGAACUAAUUUUUUUUUUA